CAGGUGUUUGUGGUGAUAAGAUGGAGCCUUCCCCGUUUAAUAGAAGACAAUGGACUUCUCAGUCUUUGAAAAUCACUGCAAAAGAGCUUUCUCUCGUCAACAAAAAUAAGUCAUCAGCUCUUGUGGAAAGGUUCUCCAGGUAUCAGAAAGCAGCUGAAGAAGCCACGUCUGAGAAAAAAAGAAACAGCACAGAAAAUCUUCCCCCUCAUUUUAAGAGAGGGAAUCUGAGCGUCCUAAAGAAGAAGUGGGAGAAUCCAGUGCCGGGAACGGAAUCUCGGAAGGAAACGCUCCGAAGCAGCUGUGCUGAGGGUAGGCACAGGGUCGAGAGCCCCGAGCUGGGAGUUGGAAGCAGCCUUGCUUUUUCCUCAGACACAGAGCAGAUCCCGGCAGCCGGCACAGCAUCUCACAUCCAGGCCUCUUCUGGCACCCCUGGUCAGCUGCAGUGUCCUGGUGUUGACAGCAGAAAGUCUCAAAGCCACUCACAGGAGAGUGGUAAAAUGGAAAACUAUCUGAGAGAGUCCAGAGAAGUGGAAAAGCCCGAAGCCAGUGAAAACACAGAGUCUUCAGGGAAGAUAGAGAAGUACAGCGUUCCGCUGAACAAGUUAAAGAUGAUGUUCGAAAAGGGUGAAGCAGCCCAGCCCAAGGUUGCCAGAGACCAGAGGAAGACAGCAAUUGGUAGGAGGAUUUCUGAAAACAGCUUCUCUUCAGAGGACCUUGAUGUUGGCCAAGGAGAGAAGAGUCACAGUGCAUCAGAUGGAAGUCCAGCGCUCAGCCCAGAUAAGGUAGAGACCAAGAAAAGCCUAGAGAUGCCUCGGUUAACAGAAACUUCAAUAAAGGAUAGGCUGGCAAAGUAUCAGGCAGCUGUGUCCAAGCAGGGCAGUUCCUCAGGCCUCGUUACCACGAAUGAGAUUCAAGCCAGUGAAAAUGAAAUCAAGAAUUACAAAUCUGAGCAGAAGGAGAAUAUGCCACCAAGUUUUGAGGACUGCAUUUCCUAUCAGGAUGGGGAGAAGGUUUCUGUAGGUGAGAACUUGUCUUUCCCCUCCGGCCUUUCAGAGGAUGGCAAUGUUGGACAAAACCUGGAGAGUGAGACAGAAAUUCAGAAACCUGUCAGCACAAAACAGCAAAACUUUGGUUCCAAAUCACUUGGCCAGACGGAUGCAUCUCUGCCAAAAACGGUGAAGAAGUUUCAGUUGCCAGCAAAGGAAACCUGUGUUGGGUGUCAGAAGACAGUGUACCCAAUGGAAAGGCUCCUGGCCAACCAGCAGGUGUUCCACAUCAGCUGUUUCCGCUGUUCCUAUUGCAACAGUAAACUCAGUCUUGGGACAUACGCAUCUCUGCGUGGGAAUAUUUACUGCAAGCCUCACUUCAAUCAGCUCUUCAAAGCUAAAGGUAAUUAUGAUGAAGGCUUUGGACACAAACAGCAUAAGGAGUUGUGGUCAAGCAAAACAGAAUGUGAGGAAUCCCUGGAGAAAACUCUCCAUGGUGUAAAUGCAACUGAGAGUCCUCAAAACCCAGGAGUAGAGGAUGCCCCAAUUGCAAAAGUAGGAGUUCUGGCAGCAACUAUGGAAGCAAAAGCUUCAGCUUUGCCUGAAAGAGAAGAGAAACCAGCAGAAACAAAAAAGCUCAGGAUUGCCUGGCCGCCUCCCUCUGACCAAAGUACUCAAGGAAGCACUUUGGAUGAGGGUAUCAAAGUAUUAAAACCCAAAUGGCCCCCAGAAGAAGAGAGUUCCAAGCCAGAUGUGUUGGAGGAUGUGGAUCUGGAUCUCAAAAAGUUAAGAAGAUCUUCCUCACUGAAGGAGAGAAGUCGUCCCUUUACGGUAGCAGCCUCAUUUAGAACAGUAUCUGUGAAAGGCCAUAAAACAGACAAUUCAUCCUCUCCUUCUAAGGCAGAGAGAGACAUGUUGAAAAGAAGCGAGGAACUGGAGAGAGAGGUUGUGGCAGACAAAAAGCAAAAGGAAAAAAUUGAGAAUAGGAACAUGCAGAAUGCUGAGGAGAAAAAUGUAGAGGAAGAGCGGGAAUUGCCUGGUGUCAAAACAGCAGAGCACAACUUUGUAGAAAAUGGCCAGGAGAAUGCAGAGACAGAUGAGGAAGAACAUGCUGUGGAAGAGCAGCAAACCCCAAAUGAAGAAUUCCUUGAACCAAAUUCUCCAAAACAUUCCAGCUUCUCCAAUGUAACUGCAAAGGAAUCUUCUGACCAGAAUCGCAAAUCCCAAGAUGUUGGUUUCUGGGAGGGUGAAGAUAUGGAAGAUUUAUCUGUGGAAGAACAGAUCAAAAGGAACCGUUACUAUGAAGAUGAUGAUGAAGAAUGAAUAGGCCUUUUAUAAUAAAACUUGCUUCAAGGUG